AAAAGCCUCUCUUUGCUAUUAAAAAGCAAAAUCACAGAAAACAUUUUGGCUUUGUUUUCUUUUUUGAGAGAGCGAGAGAGGUGGGAAGCUCAAGAUCUUGCCAGAUCGGACCUGAAUUAUGUAGUGGUUGAUGUCAAGGCAUGGAAUUUGAUAAAAAUCAAGCUAGUUGGACAACUAACCGAUACCUACUAGAGCAUACAUAAAGAGUGCUGAUGUUCAUAGCUUUACAAAGUUUGAUGGGGCGAGAACUUCAGCGUGCAGACAUGGAUAAGAAGCCAAAUGGUCUUGCAGCGAAGUUUCAUGGCGUAUCUCAUGAUGAAGUACAUCUUUCUCCAAAACUUUCAAAAGCUGUCAUUGAAGCAAAGGAGUAUGUGGAGAAAGAAACUGCUGAAAAAUCAGAGAAGCAAGAUGUGCUUGGUGUCAAAAGCACAAAUGUUGAUGCUGACCCAUAUGAUGGAAAAGAUGAGAAACCUGGAGCUCAGAAAUUGAGUGAUGAUAAAAAUUCCAGUUCUCCCUCACCAAAAACUGGUGUUGAUGGAAAUAAACAUGCUCAUCGUGCUCAUCAAACUGUCCCCCAGCCAUUUGCUCUGGCAAAUGACAAGCAUGUUGGUGGGAACAGUUCCACAAAUUCGAACAAUACACAGUCCCCUGUUAGUAUGAAAAAUUCACAGCAAAAUUCACCUUCUACAGCAAGGAAGCCUUGGCAACCUGAUAACAAGAAGCAUCUUGAUGAAGAAGAUAGUUGGUCCAUGACCUCAUCCACUUCUGCAUCUGUACGAACUGUUAAAUCUGUAACUGUUGGAACUGCCCCAACUUUUAGGUCUUCUGAACGUGCAGCGAAGCGGAAAGAGUAUUAUUCAAAAUUGGAAGAGAAGCACCGAGCAUUGGAGAAAGAGCGAAGCCAGGCUGAGGCAAGGACCAAGGAAGAGCAAGAAGCAGCCAUCAAGCAGCUUAGAAAGAGCAUGCUGUACAAAGCAAAUCCAGUGCCCAGUUUCUACUAUGAGCCACCUCCACCACAAGUUGAACUCAAGAAGUUACCAUUGACUCGACCACAAUCACCGAAACUAAACCGGAGAAAAAGCUGCAGUGAUGCAGUUCGAACAUCUCAGGAGGAAGUGGGCAAACAUUGUGCUCGCCAUCGCCACAGCAUUGGUAGCCACAAGCAUUCAACUGGUGCCAACACUGCCAAAGCUAAGGUUCAGAUAAGUCCACAGACUGCUAAUGGCAUCCGCAAAGUCAAAGACCGAUCUAAACAGGAUCAUGUUGCAAUGAAAGCAGAUCCUGAGAAGAUUGCUGGGCCAACAAAUGCAGACAUAUCUGUUCAGUCAUGAACUGCUGGUUUUUACUAACUCUUAAGUGGGAAAACAUCUUGAAUUUGCUUUAAUCAUCAUAUUGGAUGUUUGGAGAGGAGAUAGCCUACUUUUCAGCUGAGAUGACCUUUUCUUUUUCUUCUUCUCUUAACCUUUUUCCCCCUUUCCAAACCGUUUGUGUCUGUGAAUUGUAUAUGUUAUGUAAGUUAUCAGUACAUAUCAUGUUAUCAAAAGAGUUACUGAUUCUAAUAUGGACCGAAUCUGUUGUUUUCGUCUGAUGUAUUUUCACCCAAGAGGGUUUCCUGCGUAUGUUAUUUGGAAACUCAAGGCACUAGUUUUGGUCAGGUUAGUUGGUUGUUUUCUUCAUUUUGAAACAUGUAACUUGUAGAACCCUCUACUUUCGUAACUGCUAUAUUAUAUUGUACACGGGGCGAGGUUUUUGAUGUUUGAAUGAAGUUUCUACUCGUAGGCUGUUCUA